CGACCAACCAAAGGGCUAGAGCUUGCAGAAACACAAGGAUUUAAGGAACCGCCUUAAAUCCUUAAAAACAUUCUGAUAGAUUAAGAAGCCCUAGCUAAUUGUCAAUAAAUGCCGCCGAAAACCGCCGCCUACCAAGCCGUUCCACCUCCAAAACCGGACCUUGCCGAAUCCGAUGAUGUCGAGGAGUUGAUGUCCGCCAAGACAAGCGGGUGCUGUUUAUGGAUGCCCUGCUUCGGCUCCGAACCGUCCUCCAUGGACGGGUCCUGGGAGCGGAUCCGGAACAGCGGCGACCACGGAGAUCCGUGGUGGAACCGGGGCUGGAAGAAGAUCCGGGAGUGGUCCGAAGUCGUGGCGGGCCCCAAGUGGAAGACCUUCAUCCGCCGCUUCAACAAGAGCACCGCCAACAAGCGCUCCUCCAAAUUCCAUUACGACCCCAUGAGUUACUCCCUCAACUUCGACGAGGGCCCGGGGCAAAGCGGUAAUUUGGACGACGAUUACUUGUACAGGGAUUUCUCCUGUCGGUACGCGUCAAUUCCGGCCUCCGCUAAGUCGUCCAUGGAUUUGGAGAAGGACGGGCCCUCCUUCACGUGAGAGUCACGUGAUGAUGAUGAGAGACGAGAGAGAGAGAGAGAGUGACAGUGUGUGUGAAUGAGAACGAAGGAAACGGAGGGAUAUUCGGUGCGCUAACGUGCGCUGGCGCGGAGUUCUGCGGGAAAGUUGACGGAGGAGGAGAAGAAGAGAGAAAAGCGCGGCGGUUGACUAUUUUGCUUUUUAGGGACCCGUGACUGUCGGUUUGUAGGUUCAGAUUUUUUUUCCAUUUUAAUUGAUGUUAUUUUAUUGACCGAAGUAAAAAAGGGAAAAAAUUGAACAAUUGAUUUCUAACGAAUUUUUGUGUAUGUGAAGGUAAGCUUUGUGGUUAGGUGCAAAACAAACAUUACGAUAUAUAUAAAAAGUUUUAAGUAAUUACAAGAAUAGCA